AUGGGCAAUUCAAAAAUGGAAAAAGCUUUCAUUUAAUUACAUCUGCUAGUGCUGAAGGAGUUAAAAUAUGGUAGAUUAAAAUAGUAUGGAGACUCUAGUAGAAAAAUGAAAGUAAGAGUUACUAAACCAAAUUAUCAUUCUUAUAGAGUUUCUUGGAAUUUUUUGGCUAAUCUUUUAGCAGUAUCUUGUGAAAGUAAAAAAAUGGAUGAAAAAUAAGCCAUAAUUACUUCAAGAGAAGUUAGAAUUUAUUAAAACUAAAAUGGAAGUUGGGUUGCGAAAGGCAAUAUUUAAGUAGCCAAUUUCAUAAGAGAUAGUAUAUCACUUUAACAAUUUACAACUAGUGGAUUGA